AUGAGUUGGUUCCCAGAUGAGGAUGGGAUACGGCAAACGUUGGAUUUGCUACAUAAUUCCCAAUCAACUGACACAAACGUUCAAAGGGUUGUGCAUGAGAAAUUAAAUGAGUUGAACAAUGUUCCUGAUUUUAACAAAUACCUAGCUUAUAUCUUGACAAAUGCAGGUUCGGAAAGUGACAGCACGCGUUCUCUUAGUGGACUUAUUCUGAAAAAUAAUCUGAAAAGUCACUUUAAGAGAUGCCCUCCUGAACUUAUUAGCUACAUCAAGGAUGGGUGUUUACGGUGCAUCAGUGAUAGUUCACCUAUGAUCAGAUCAAUUGUCGGAAUUCUUAUUACCACUAUUGUAACUAGUGACGGUAUACAAAAUUGGCCAGAGUUGCUCCCAAAGUUGGUGGAAUGUAUUGAUUCUCAUGAUAUUAAUUUUAUGGAGGGUGCUUUUGGCGCGAUCGAGAAAAUAUGCGAAGAUUCUUCAUCUCAACUGGAAACCGAUCGUAUUGGUUGUCCUAUAGGACUGCUUAUUCCGAAAUUCUUACAAUACUCUAGACAUGACAGUCCAAAAAUCAGGUCUCAUGCUCUUGCAUGCAUCAACCACUUCAUACAUAGCCAAUCUCAGGUUCUCCUACACUUUGUUAACGAGUUUCUGGAGUGUUUGUUCGCUUUAGCCGAAGAUGAAGAUCCAAAUGUCCGGCGACAUGUUUGCUCUGCAUUUGUACAGCUUCUGGAAGCUCACUUGGAUAAAUUACUUCCAAAUUUACCUGACAUCAUUGAGUUUAUGCUUCUUCGCACUCAAGAAAACGAUGAAAAUAUUUCAAGAGAGGCAUGUGAAUUUUGGCUCUCGCUUUCUGAACAACCUGUGUGCCACCAAGCCCUGUCGCCAUAUAUCGGGCGACUUAUCCCAGUGUUAGUUUGUGGAAUGAAGUAUUCAGAAAGUGAUAUGGUGUUACUUCGAAAUGAUUUAGAAGAAGAUGCUCAUCUGCCUGACAAGGAAUGCGAUAUUCGCCCACGGUUUCAUAAGACAAAAAAUAAACUUUUCUCUCCAGAGGAUGAUGACGAAGAUGAAGACGACGAUUACGUUUCCAACUGGACUCUCAGGAAAUGUUCUGCUGCUGCCCUUGAUGUGUUGGCUAGUGUGUUCCACACAGAUUUUCUACCUAUUUUGUUGCCAAUCACAAAAGAACUUCUGUUUUCUCCUCAGUGGGAACUUAAGGAGUCUGGUAUUUUGGUUCUUGGUGCUAUUGCAGAAGGUUGUAUGAAGGGCAUGAUUCCAUACCUUCCAGAGUUAUGUCCGUUCCUGAUUGGUUGUCUGUCGGAUGACAGACCUCUCAUACGUAGUAUAACUUGUUGGACAUUAAGCCGUUAUUCUCAUUGGAUCGUUGGACAACCUCAUGAACAAUACUUCAAGCCUUUAAUGGUUGAGCUCCUCAAAAGAAUUUUGGAUUGUAACAAACGUGUUCAGGAGGCAGCCUGUUCUGCUUUCGCUACUCUAGAAGAAGAAGCAUGUACAGAUCUCGUCCCAUAUCUGGACCUCAUCCUACGAACUCUUGUGUACGCGCUUAAACAAUAUCAACACAAAAACUUGUUUAUUUUGUAUGAUGCUAUAGGUACACUUGCAGAUUCUGUUGGUCAUCAUCUCAAUCGACCGGAUUUCAUAGAGAUGCUUAUGCCACCGCUUUUUGAGAAGUGGAACGUUUUACGAGAUGACGAGAAAGACUUAUUCCCCCUUCUGGAGUGCCUUUCUAGCAUGGCUACUGCCCUAGGAACAGGUUUCCUACCCUACUGCUCUCCUGUGUUUAGUCGAUGUGUUAAUUUAAUUGAUAGAACAAUACAACUCAGUAAGCUACAUGCUCAACAACCAGAUGUAUAUGAACCACCAGACAAAGACUUUAUGGUGAUUUCUCUGGAUCUCCUAAGUGGGCUUAUGGAAGGUCUUGGGUCUCAGAUGGAACAUUUAGUAUCAAGUAGCCCCCUGGUAAAGUUACUAUGUGAAGCAGCUCAAGACGCUCAACCAGACGUCCGCCAGAGUAGUUUUGCUCUCUUGGGUGAUUUAACAAAAGCAUGCUUUGCGCACAUCCAACCUCAGAUUGGUCAGUUUAUGACAAUUUUGGCUAAUAAUCUCAGUUCGGAGCAUAUAUCUGUUAGUAACAAUGCUAUUUGGGCAAUCGGAGAAAUUUGUAUUCAAUUGGGUGAAGGGAUGGCACCGUUUGCUUCUUUGUUCAUUCAUCCCUUGAUAGAAAUUAUCAAUCGUCAAAGCACACCUAAGACACUCCACGAAAAUACUGCGAUAACAAUUGGACGUCUUGGUUUUGUUUGUCCUGGUGAAUUGGCUCCUCAUCUAAGCACUUUCAUUCGUCAGUGGUGUCUGUUUUUGCGCAAUAUAAGGGACAAUGAAGAAAAAGACAGUGCAUUUCGUGGUAUUUGUAAUUUGAUUACGCUCAAUCCUGCCGGUGUCUUGCAUGAUUUCCUUUUCUUUUGUGACGCUGUAGCUUCUUGGAAUAAUCCUAAAGACGAUUUAAAAGAGAGAUUUAAUGCUAUUUUACAUGGAUUCAAAGUCCAGGUUGGAGAAGAUGAUUGGAGUAAAUUCUGGAGUCAGUGUCCUCCAAUGCUUCGUGAACGGUUAUCUCUUCAGUACAAUCUUUGA